AUAAUGAUCCGUUGAUACCCUGAUGGAUAUCACGUGACAGGCGAUCUACGUUUUACCUAUCUAAGUCCACUGGUGUCAUUACAAUAUCCAACGUCAUUAGCCAAACGAAGUCUAAAAACACACGUCGGAGUCAUGAAGACGUUCGUCAUUUUUGUAAGCCUUGUGGCUUGUUGCUUAGCCGAUUGGAACCAUGUGGAUUCUGUCAAAGACAAAUUUUCCAAUGCUCACAUAGAACUGGUGAUCAAACAGAUCAACACGGAACAGUCAGCCAGCUAUUUUUACCAGGCUUACAGUAAAUUUUUCAAGCGUGGUGAUGUUGCAUUGGACGGGUUUUCCAAGUGGUUUGCCACGGCGGCUAAAGAGGAAAACGACCAUGCCGAGAAAUUCAUGGACUACCUGAACAUGCGGGGAGCACAACUUAACCUCGAGCCUGUCAAUCUGCAAGAGGUGUGUGACAUCGUAUCAGAACAGAUUCGUAAAUUUUCACAGUUCAACAGAAAUGAGAGUUGCAUUUGUAACUUUAUGUCCAACCGUGACCAUACCCAUGAAAACUGCCCGAGGAGCCCCCGGAAGUGGUUCACAGGUCUCCAAGCCAUGGAAGACUCCCUAGUACUUGAGAGAUACGUCAAUGACAAACUGCUUGACCUCCACAAGGAAACAUUAUCCGACCCUAACCUGAGUCACUUGUUGGAACACGAAUUCCUGGGUGAACAGGUCGAUUCCAUUAAACAGUAUGCAGACUUCAUCACCAAGCUUAGACGUGUGGGUUCAGGACUUGGCGAGUAUGAGUUUGACAGGACACUUCAAUAAUAUGGAUGUCAGACUUUACAGUAGUCUCUUUAAAUUUGACGCUUUCCCAUGCCGAAACCUCAACAAUUGUCCAAUUAAGAGAUCAAACUGUUAGAUUUAGCGUCAAAAUACUUCGUAGACGAAAUAGACUUACAUAAACAUGAGUUUGAGAAACAUAUACACGUAUCAUUGAUGAAUAAAUGCGACAAUUUAAGAUAACUUCA